AUGGCGCGGGCGGCAGACAUUGACCGGCUGGUGGAUCACUACUUGGGCCUCCCCGCGGCGCCCACGCAGCGCCCCAUGCCCCCUGCCGACAGGAGUGGCGCUGGCCCGCAGCCGCGGCGCACAAGCGGCGCCACGGGGCCGCGCUUUGCCAGCGAAGAGGCGCUCGCCUGCGACGCUCGUGGCGGGUACGACGAGGAGGAGGAGGUAGAUAUCGAGGCGCUGGUGGAGAGCGUCCUGCGCGGGGAGCCGGACUCCGCGGACGCCGCCGCGCUUCGCCGCCGCCGCAGUGGAGAAGGGACGAAGAGGAAGAGCAACUCCCGCCGUUAG